CGGCAAAAUAAUUCUCGCUCUCGUAUUAAUUUGUACUCCUUGUCGUCGUUAGACUUGUCAGUGGAGAAGUAACAGAUUUUCUCUAUGGUUUAACGAAAUGCCUGGAAAAACGGUUCACUUAAGACCAAGUUAACGAGCAGAUUAGCAUGCUAACGUUAGCAGAUGCUACACGGUACGGUUAGCUAGCAGAAAUGAAUUGUACUCCUUUCAUACAGUCUCACAGUAAUUAUCGCUGCCACCCCGACUGUUUUUGAUGGAUAAUAAGAGGCGGGUUUCUUACAUUUUCAAAAGUUGGACUCUCUUUAUGUUUUGGGGGUUUUUACCCUGCGUGUGUGUUGCUCUUGAGUGAUGUGUUAUCUGCCAGAACAAAGAAACCAAAACAAAGCAAUGUCGCUGUCAGGUGUUUUUACUCUUUUCAGAGUGCUGUUCAUCAGCACUUCAGUUGUUAUGCGCAGCCUGUUUAGUUGGCAGCAUUAUGAUGUAACUACGAGCACAAUGUAGGUUAUCCGACAUCCUAAAGUCUAAUCUGUAGCAUUGUCCAACAAAUAUCUUACGUUUUCAACUUAAUAUAGCUUACAACUGCAGUGCAGCUAAUCACAUCAAUCAAAACACGUCGCUUCCUCAUUAGCUUUUAAAAUUGGCGGACAGCAUGAGUGCAGAAUUUCGAUGUUAAAAUCAAAGAGCCAACAUUGGCACACCUGUAGCCCCAUCAGGGAAAUUGCCUCAAUGUCAUAGAUUCAGUUUGGGAAAACGACUUGUCCCACAGUGAGUAUUUCCCACUUGUAAUAAAUGGACACACUUGAGGGUAUAUUUGCAGCAUCUGGACCUCACGUGGCACCUACGUUUUUUUUGUUGGCAGUAAGCUUCACUACUCUGUAGUUUGUGUCAAUCACCUUGUUAGUGAGACACUCCAACAAACGGUCCUGCUUUCUCGGGAGAACUGUUUGGUGCCUCUGUGCCUCCCCCAGUUAAAUUUGUAUGUUUAAAAAUGCUAAAUGGAAAGGUUCUUAGAACACUUUUCUACUCUCUUUGGAGCACUCAAAGCGCUUUAUACAACAUGCCUCAUUCACACAAGCACUUAUUUCUGUCCCUAAGUGGUUUCUAGCUAACAUUCAUACUCGGAUGGAUGCAGCUGAGAGGAACUUGAGGGUCAUAUCUUGCCCAAGAAUACUUUAGCAUGCAGGUUGGACUUGCCAAGGAUCUGAACCACCAACCUUCCAAUUGGUGGAUGACCUGCUCUACAUCCUGAGCUUGCUCCCUGGUUAUAUGGGCGAGAAGCAGGGUGCACCCUGGACAGGAUGCCAGAAUUUGCAGGCAGGAUGUUGCGGCUUCGCUGUAAGACCAAAAAUGGGAGCCACUUGAUGCAUGGCUUGACUCAUCAGUCCUGCGUGCAGGAGCUGAAGCGCAAGGUGGAGGAGCUGACUGGUAUCCCCUGUGAUGUGCAGAAAAUAAUGGUCGGAUACCCACCCUCCAGCCUUGAUCUUCGGAACGGAGAAGCUCACCUCAAGGACUACCCUAUCAAAUCAGGAGACACACUCAUCGUUGAGGAGGAAAAAACAAGCAAGCCUCAGGAUCGUCCCGCUGUGACGAAAGGACCUAACCUCGAAGUUUCACCUGUGCUGGCACGCCGAGUGGUCCCAGCUGACAACUCCUGCCUCUUCACCAGUGUUUAUUACGUGGUGGAAGGCGGAGUGUACGACCCCGCCUGCGCCCCUGAAAUGCGAGGUCUCAUUGCCCAGAUAGUCUCGAGUGACCCCGCGGCUUACUCUGAAGCGGUGCUGGGGAAAACCAAUGAGGAGUACUGCACCUGGAUAAGACGUGAUGACACCUGGGGAGGAGCCAUCGAGGUAUCAAUCCUGUCUAAGUUUUACCAGUGUGAGAUCUGCGUAGUGGAUACUCAGACAGUGCGAGUAGACAGAUUUGGGGAGGAUGCUGGCUACCACAAACGCGUGUUGCUGAUCUAUGAUGGCAUCCACUACGACCCGCUGCAGAAAGAGAUCCCCGGAUCUGACACCCCGCCCCAGACUAUCUUCUCGACCACAGACGACGUAAUCCUGGCCCAGGCCCUCGAGCUGGCAGACGAGGCUCGCCGCAAGCGGCAGUUCACAGACGUUAACCGCUUUGCCUUGCGCUGCAUGGUGUGUCAGACAGGCUUGGUGGGACAAAAGGAAGCUCGUGAGCAUGCCAAGGAGACAGGCCACACUAAUUUUGGUGAAGUGUGAAAGUCUUGCUGUCUUUCUUUUGCUGUAUCUCACAAAUACAACAACCACCAACCCCCAUGCCCUGUGUCUGGCAACUCUGUGGGUCUGUCUGCUUUUGUGAUCCUCUACCUCACAUUAUCUGGCAACAUCUUUGGAGACUCUGCAGGUACUGUGUUCCGCCUCUUACCUGUUCAGUAUUACCUUUUAACUACUGUCAGUUCUUACAGUCAGAAAUGCUACUGCAGUGCUCCAGUGUUAGAAACCAUAAUAUUCAGAUCUCUUUAAACUGGGACAGGAUG